AAUUCGCCUACAAAUGGUACAACCGUUUCCCUUCUCUUGCCAUGUCGUAAUCUCGUGCAGUUUUAAUCUCUCUUCCGCCGUGGGAGGCACCAAUAAAGUUAUUGAAUAUUUUCCUGAAGUUUGACCCGCACGUGUCCGCUUCAAUUCUGUAACCGCAUAGAACAUCGGGGCGGGUCGGUGUGUUUGGGUGCAGUACAACGGGCUGCAUUAAUUAUUAAAGUUUUGACAUGGUUAUUACUUUGGAAGUAAGGAAACUGUACAAGUAUCCAUUUGAGCGCGUCGUAGAAAUGCACUUAAAUAAGUAUCCCUGUCCUUUGGAGAAGCAUAUCCGUGGAAUUAAAACAGUGGAGGAAAAAACGGACUGCAAAUCAGGAAUUAUUUAUAGAAGAAAGAUAGCAAUCUGCAACAAUGUGGUUCCAAAGAUCCUAAGAAAGAUUAAUAUACUAAAUGUUAAUGACAUUUACAUGGAAGAAGAGUCUUGGCUUGAUAUGAAGCAAAAGAUUAUGAAUAUUAAAAGCAGAUGUCUAACUUGGACCCAGUAUGCCUCUUUAAAUGAAGUAUCAUUUUUUAAAGAAAGUGGAGAGAACCCAGACUGGACUGAAUUUUAUCAACAAGGCAGUGUAGCUGUAACUGGUGUGGGGAAACUAAACCGGCUGUUUGAAGUUUUUGCCCAAAGCUUUUUUAGCAAUGGAAUCAAAAAGAGUCUGCAUAUAAUGGAAACUAUCCUAGAAGAAAGGUUUGGUCGACCUCUGUCUUAAUGGAAAAGAUGGUUGCCUGUUACAAGAAGUAGGAAAUAAGCUAGGCCCUCACUUUAACACCAUGUAUCUGUCUAAUUUCCUGUCCAAAUAUUCAGUACUGUAGCAUUUACACUUUUUUUACACUGUUUCAUCAUACAUUCUUCUAAAGAUGUAGGUGUUAUUUGAAAUGCAGAUUGUGCCAUCUUUCAGAAUGACAUUGAAGUGGUUAUUGCUUAACUGUUGCAUCACUUCAUUUAAAAACCAUAUAAAGUUCAUACAAAUGAAUACUCUCUUAAUAUCUGCCAGUUUUGACAGUAAAGUCACUUCUCCAUUUGUGGGAAAAUGUUAAUUUUUCUUACUUUGUUUUCCACUAUGUAUCAUUUUCAUUUUAAUAGUACAAAGUUGUAUCAGUGCUGAAGGAUUUGUGGCAUCUGAACACUAGAGAGUAAAUGGUUUUGACUUUUUUGAUUCAGCUGGUGAUACAGGAAAGUGAAAUAGGAAAGCACAUUAAUAUACGCAAAUAAUAGGGAUAUCUUCCAUUGCCAAAUGUUUUACACUUUACUAAGAAUGGAAAUCUAAAAAUAAUCUAUACAUGUCACAGUUGUAGGUGGUUGGUGAAAAGUAUGAAACUUGGCAUCUUAAAAAUGCUCUUUGUAUAUCUUAUCUAUUCUUUAAAUAGACUUAAAAUUGAAACUUGUUAAGUAUAACGUAAUAACAGUAAUAAUUUAGAAGAUGUACACAGAGUAAAUGAAACAUGCCCUCUUUCUUAUUAAUCUGAAAUUUCUUUACAAAAGAUGUAUAUUUUGCUAAAAAAAAAUAAAGUAUUACAAAAGUA